AUGAAGUCCUUUAUCGCCAUUGCUGUCUUCGCCGCCGCGGCCCUCGCCUCGCCCCCGGCCGAUGAGAUCUGCGCACAACAAUGCAACGCGGCCUUGGAUAGUUGCGUCGCGGCCGGCCAGGCCAUCGCAGACUGCACGGGCACGUACAUCAACUGCCUCGGCUUCAACCCUUAUGAUCAGGUGCCCUUCAAGAAGCCCACAGCUUGCCGCAAGGAGACUGAGGGGGCGUGUGCCGUCAGGUGCAACAAGAACAUGGACACCUGCGUCGGGGACGGCAACGCCGCCCAAGCCUGCACCCAGACUUACGUCCGGUGCCUUGGUUACAACCCCUACGAAAACGUGCGAUACAAGAAGCCGACGGCUUGCCGUGCUUCCCAAAACAACUAA